CUAUAUAUAUGUAAUAUGCUUUGGACUUUGGCUCUCCGACAUGGUCAAGGGUCCCCAAAACUCUCAGGUCCUUGCGAUUCUCACUUCCCCAUCUCCCCUUUCGCCGUUCUAUCGGUUCCAGAUAAGGAAUUUUGAGUCUUUAUCAUAUCUUCAGGAUGAGGCGCUACUUAUCUAAAUUGAAUGACUGGCGUAUUGGGCUCAAACAAUCAAAUUUCUUCCAGGUAAAUUGUGAAAUUGGAUCAUUAUUUGCCUCCAGAAAUAGUAAAGAUCAAGCUUUGUUCAGUGGAAUUUUGAAGCAACAUGCAGCAAGAAUGUAUGCCACAUCUUCUGCGACAUGUUUCGAAGAUCAGCCAAAAGAUAAUUCUGACUCUGACAUGUUAGUAGAUUCCUUUGGAAGGUUGCACACUUAUUUGAGGAUAUCCUUAACAGAGCGUUGCAAUUUACGGUGUCAUUACUGUAUGCCAGAAGAGGGUGCGGAGCUCACUCCUAGCCCUAAGCUUCUAACAAGGACUGAGAUAAUGCGGUUAGCAAAUCUUUUUGUUAGCUCUGGAGUGAACAAAAUUCGCUUGACUGGUGGGGAGCCAACCGUCAGAAAGGAUAUUGAAGACAUAUGUUGGGAGUUGUCAAACUUGAAGGGGCUGAAGACAUUAGCCAUGACUACUAAUGGCAUAGCCCUUGCAAGGAAACUUCCUAAGCUGAAAGAAUGUGGGCUUACUUCUGUGAACAUCAGUUUAGACACUUUGGUGCCAGCAAAAUUUGAGUUCAUGACAAGACGCAAAGGACAUGAAAAAGUAAUGGGUUCAAUCAAUACUGCCAUAGACCUUGGAUAUAAUCCAGUUAAGGUCAACUGUGUUGUAAUGCGCGGAUUCAAUGAUGAUGAAAUUUGUGAUUUUGUUGAGUUGACACGUGGAAAGCCGAUUAAUGUCAGAUUUAUUGAGUUUAUGCCUUUCGAUGGAAAUGUGUGGAAUGUUAAGAAACUUGUGCCCUACUCAGAGAUGUUGGAUAUAGUGGGGAAACGAUUUACAGGCUUAAAGAGACUUCAGGAUCACCCAACAGAAACAGCGAAGAAUUUUACAAUAGACGGGCAUCAGGGUACAGUUUCAUUCAUCACAUCAAUGACGGAGCAUUUUUGUGCUGGUUGCAACAGAUUGCGAUUAUUAGCUGAUGGAAACUUCAAAGUUUGUUUAUUUGGUCCUUCAGAGGUUAGCUUAAGAGAUCCUCUUCGACAUGGCGCAGAGGAUCAUGAGCUUAGAGAGAUAAUUGGGGCUGCGGUGAAAAGGAAGAAAGCUUCACACGCUGGCAUGUUUGACAUUGCAAAGACAGCAAAUAGGCCCAUGAUACAUAUCGGGGGAUAAGGUAUUAUAACAAAAGAUUGUUAUAUUUGAAGCGUUGAGAUGAACGGGGGCAGAGCAUCCCUGGGAAGAAACAGCCUCAGUUGGAGUAUUGGCGAAUGACUAAGCUUCUCAUUUGUGGUUCUUUUUCACUGUAUGUAGAAAUAUUGGUCUUGAAUUUGAUAAGAGAUCCCUUGAUCUAACUUAAUGGCUACCCCCAUGAGAUUAUAUGGGCAGUACUAUAGACAUAGGGGUUUGGUUAAGAAGCUGGUUGAUCUCGCACUAAAAUGUUAUAAAGAGCUUCGGUCUUGUAAAAUGCACUUGAUUCUGAUCCUCAUCGUUGACAUUUGUACCAAGGUUCCUUCCUCUGUAAUGUAUCUGAGUCUUAUCAAUGAAUAAGAUGAUUUGCAUCAAGAUGAA